GCUAGAGAUAAUCUCGGUGCGGAAGUCGGCCAAAAUAGUGAGGAUAUAAUAUAGUGCUACUGUAGUUCAUGGCGAGAUUGAUCUUGCAAUCUUUCCUCGAUUCGACUUCACUCGCAGCAAACUUUUCCCACCAUCAUGGUCGAUGAAACACUCACCAACGGCGACAGCCACCUCGCCGCUGAAUCUAGCCUUCCCGUCGAUCUCAAGACAAUUCCCUGGAGCCGACGCGGCUCCUAUAUGUCCUUCUCCACUCUGGCUGGAGAUUGCGGAGCGCUCACACCCAACAUCGAUGUCGCUUUGGUAUCUCAUUACAAGCCAUACGGAGCUCCCUGCUUUGUUCUGCGUCCCAAGAUCGAGCCACUGCCCUCGCCAAGCGGUUUCCACAAGACCCCCUCUCCCGUAACUUUCCGCGCCACACCCGAGCUUUUGGAAUGGCGUGCAGGGAGCGAAACGGUUGCCGAAGCGACGUUCAUCAGCGACAAUGUCGUUAGACUCCGUGGUACGACUCCCAUGAGCUUUGACACCGACAUGGAGGCAUUGCGGAGCUACAUCUAUGAGCCACCAAAGCCUACUGCCGAAGCGAGAGAUGUUGUCGAAUGGUCAUCCAUUGGUCUGAUGCCUUUGCGUUUCGUGGCGCUCGAGGGGUCUCUCUCGACCAUUGGAGCUACGACUUACGAGAACGGGCGGAUUACCAUUCACCCUGGCGCCACUGGUCACUGGGACCUCUUCAUUCGCGAGCGAUGCCCUUCGGAGUACACCGUCCCUGGGGAGACAAUUGAUGAGUGGGCAGAUCGGAUCUCGAAACGAUCUUUCAACACCUGCGUAGAGUCUGUUCAGCGUGAAUUCGAAUCUUAUGCUCGAGGACUCUGUACCUGGUCUGGCAAACGAAUUGAAUAUCUUGACCUUCUUGCAUGCUACGUCAUGUGGACCUCGACCGUCCGGGCAGAGGGCUUCAUAAACAAAGAAGCGGUUCUCAUGAGUAAGCUGUGGAUGAACAAGGUCUGGUCUUGGGACAACUGUUUCAACGCUCUCGCACUUGCCGGACACUCUGGAUUGCUGCAGAGUGGGAUCGAUAACCUACUUCUACCCUUCUCUCAGCAACUAGAGGACGGCAGGAUACCCGACGCCAUGAUGUACAAUGAACUCACAUUUGACUUUACGAAACCGCCCAUCUUUGGCUGGACACUGGAGAGACUGUUGAAGAUGCGACCGGAAGUCACCUCGCAGCAGUUGCUGGACAUUUACCGCAAAGUCAGCAAAUUCACCUUCAUGUGGUUGAAACAUCGACGCGUUCAGGGAUCUAAAUUACCUUUUUACAGCCACGGCAACGACUCGGGCUGGGACAACAGUACUUCCUUUGAUGGUCAAAGGGUCAUAGUCAACGCUGAUCUGGCCAGUCACCUGAUCUUGCAAUCCGAUGUUCUCAGCAGGAUCUCCGCCCAGCUUCGCCUAGGAGAGGAAGGCAUGUGGAGUGAUAUCCGUGAUGAACUCGUAGACGCCUUACUGUCCGAGCUGUGGGAUGGGGAACACUUCCGAGUGAAGAAUGCCAUCACCGGUGAGACUCGAAAAUCCACCAGUCUACUCCAAUACGUUCCUCUCACUGCGUCGCGCUUUCUGCCGAAAGAAGUGGUCGACAAGAUGGUCGCGGAUCUGCAAGGAUUCUUGACACCCUGGGGUUUGGCUACUGAGCCGAUCGACAGCAAGGAGUAUGACUCGGACGGCUACUGGCGUGGGCCGAUCUGGGCUCCGUCGACGAUCCUACUCGAAUCGGGAGUCCGUGAAGCUGGAUAUGUUGAAUUCGCCGACGAUCUCAGGCGGCGAUUCUUCAAGCUGUGCCAGAAGGGAAGCUUUGCAGAGAAUUACGAUGCAGUCACGGGCGAAGGCCACCGAGAUCUCAGUCACACUUGGUCCUCGGCCAUCUUCCUGAUCAUGCGUAGAGAGGCGGCAGAGGCUGGAGAGUUAUAGAUCGGAUCGCUGUAACACUACAUGCAUAGAAUUGGUGCCA